AUGAAAACGCCAUUUGGCCGCCGAGGCCACGCGCAUAUUGUCAGCUCUGGAGACCGUGGGACCCAAUCCAAAACCUCGACAUAUCCUAUUAAUUUUCAGUUCCUCAAAGUCGACGAACGAUCGGGCGAGAUCAGUACGGUGGCGCAGUUGGACUACGAGAAGCGCGCCAAAUUCGAGAUUGUUGCGGUGCGCGUCGAGGAGAGCGGUCAAACCGUCGAUAUUGUCGUCGAGGUGGACGACGAGAACGACAAUGCGCCGAGUUUCGCCGCCGACGAACACGUCAAGCUGGAAAUCUCCGAGUACGCCCAACUCGGCACCUCUUUCGCUCUGCCGACAGUCACGGAUGGAGACGGUGCCCGGUACGAUGUGCAGAGAUUUGUGAUACUGCACGGAAACGUGAAUAACGUGUUCAAGGUGAGGGCAUUUCUUCUUGAAAAUCAAUCGAUAACACCUUUUUCUUUUUUUGCAGUUGACACCCCGAAAAGUGAACGAUCAAUUGCAAGCGGAUCUCGUCGUGAACGGCCAGUUGGACAGAGAGUUUCGCGACAAGUAUGAGCUGUUGAUCGAAGCGCAGGACGGUGGAAAACCCGCAAAGUCAGUCUUUCGCUACAGUAAUUUUAGGGGUGGGUGUAGAAAAAAGUGAGCAAGUACAAAAUUACAGUACUUUAAUUUUGUAUCACUUUUCCCGACAACCACUUCUAAAAGUUGGCUAGCUCUUUGAAAGUCAGACAAAAGUACAGUACAUGUUCAGAAGCGGUCAACUGCGGUGCUCGAUCGAAAUUGUGGACGCGAACGACAACGCGCCGACAUUCACGCGUUCCCGGUACACGGCGUCCGUCUCCGCGAACGUCUCGAUCGGCGCGCACAUCAUCACAGUGCAGGCGUCCGACGGCGACAUCGGUGAGAACUCGCGCAUCAGCUACGAGAUCAAGAAGACGUCGUCGCCGUCGAACGGCAACUUUGCAAUCUCGAGCCAGGGCGGAGUGAUCACCACGACCGCCCAUUUGCUGCCCGCGUCCACGCACGACGUCAUCGUCGUCGCUUCCGAUCACGGAAACCCUCCGUUGAGCUCUUCGGCGGUGGUGACGAUAAGUGUGAUGGGCUCCUCGUUGGCUUCUCCGCCGUUGGAUAUCAUAUGGCUCGUGGAGUCGAACUCUGCGCAUCUCAUGGAGAACGCGACGUUGGGCUCGAUUGUGGCGCGCGUGAGCAUUGCUCCCGAGUACCGUGACACCAAACUCCGGCUCCAUGGCACCACAUCCCUUUGCCCUCAACAAACCGAUCAAUCGCACGUCUACCUCCUUCUCCUUUGCGGGAUUCUGGACCGAGAGUCGAGCGCCGAGUACCAUUUGAAGUUUGUGCUCGAAAAAGACGGAGCGAUCAUUGUCGAACAUCCACAACUGCUGACGAUUGGCGACGUGAACGACAACGCGCCGCAAUGGCACAGCGCUCAAAUUCACAUUUCACUCAAUCGAACGCACGGCGGAUCGAGAACUUUGACGGCCAAAGAUCCGGAUUUGGGACACAACGGAUGGAUCAAAUAUUCGGUGUUGGACACCGAACUCGUAUCGAUUGACAAGGAAACCGGACGGAUUUUCGUGACGAACACGAUCGAUUGCUCCGUCGGAUCGGAGCUCAAGUUCAGAAUCCGAGCAGAGGAUGGAGGACAUCCAGCGCUUUCCACGGAUCUUCAGGUGAGAAUCUUUAUGUGCUUUCCUAUAGUUGACCACUUUUUUAUACGACCAAGAGUUCCAGAAGCCACACUACUUUUAGAAGUGGUUGUAGGAGAAUGUGAUUAACUACAAAAAUAAAGUUCAAGAGAAGCACAAUAUUUUUCUAGUUGACAACUUUUUGAUAUGGCCACUCUCAAGAGUACUGUAGCUCUUGGAAGUUUUUAAGCUGAAUUUUGAGGUGCUUGUCUUCCAAAAGCCACAGUACGUUUAGAAGGAGUCAUAGAAAAAAGUGAUCAACUAGAAAACUAAAGUACGAGACAUUUUACAUAUUUUUCUAGUUGACAACUUUUUUGUACAGCAAGUCCUAAGAGUACUAUAGGCCGCGGAAGUCUCUACAAUAUUCUCAGGUGAUCGCCGAUCUUCUCGACGCCGAAUCGAAGCCGCCGCAAUUCGAAAGAGCGCUGUGGCAAGUGGAAAUCGCAGAGGACACGCCCGUCGGGACUUGUCUUGUCAAGGUACUUUUUCGACAUUUCACUCUCUCUCUCUCUCGUUUUUCUUUCUUUUGCAGCGUUUUGACCGCCAAAUUUAA